AUGCCUGAGGUUUCCUACGGCGUUUUAAGAUGUAUAUUAGAACACAUGAAAUUUGAUACCAGAAUAACCCUUUCUUCCCGAUGCUCCAAAAUCGCCAGAGUGGAAAAAUCAAUACCGUUGCAUGUCAAUGAAAUAUCGUUCAGUUCCUAUUUAGUGAAAAUUAAUAAAACUCAAUACGAGAUUGUCUCAGAAGAGCCGAAAAUGAAAGAUGAAACGCCAAACCAGACGCUCAAUUUGAGAUCAACUGACUACUACUCAAAUCGUGAAAAUCGUGAAAAAAUCGUGAAAAAAUUUCCGAGUAAUUAUGGAAAGGAAGAAGCUUCUAGAAAAGCUGUCGAAUAUUUGCUCGGAGGCAGAAACAGUAUUCGUGUCAAUAUUUUCAUAAUCAAUCGUCAAAGUUACCAUUACAUGCAACCUCUUUUCGGGAUUUCAACUAUGAAAGUCAGAACGUUCAGAAAUUGGGAUAUCGGUUUGCCGAAACUUCAUCCGCUCAUUGAGGGUCCAGUGAAAGAGUUGGGUUUUGAAUUAGCUCAUCCAACUGAUUUUGAAAACCCGAUCGCCCGAACCGCUGAACAAAUUUUGAUAUGGCGUUAUACAUUCAACCAACUGGAUACUUGGGUGGAGGUCCAUGGAAAUAUACCCAAUAAGGACGUGAUGAUUGAAGGUUUUUCUCCCGUUUGGACCAAUGUCAAAAUUUUCGAAUUGAUAGAAUACUGGAUGAAAACGAGGAAAGCGGUCGGAUCAAAAUUUUGUGUUCGAAGGGCGACUGGUGGCUCUAUUGACGUGUUUUUGGAGAAAACCAAAGAACAAUUUGGAGGUACUAUUGUAAAAGUGGAAGACACGGAUAGGAGGAUGGUCACCGAGGUCACUGCUGUCUCAAUAAAACUCGAUUCGAGAUCAAAAAUUGUGGUUCAUGAAACCAUACUCGGUUCGUCAAGUUUGUUUAGACUCUUGAUCAAAGUGAUGGCUGAUGGAGCGGAGGGACAAAAUCUUGUUUAUUAA